AUGAAUUCUUCGCGAGCAAACACAAAGAUUAUUGUCGUCGGGGGUGGUGGCACAAUUGGAUCGUCAACUGCCCUUCACCUCAUACGCUCCGGUUAUAUCCCUUCGAACAUUACCGUGUUGGAUGUAUAUCCAAUUCCGUCCCCCCAAUCGGCAGGCCAUGAUCUGAAUAAGAUCAUGGGCAUUCGAUUGCGCAAUAAGCCUGACUUGCAGCUUUCGUUAGAGGCUCUUGACAUGUGGACGAACGAUGAGUUGUUUAAACCUUUCUUUCACAAGGUUGGAAUGAUUGAUUGUUCUUCGUCAAGAGAGGGAAUUGAGGGUCUUCAAAAGACUCUCCAGUCUCUCAUUGAUGUCAAUAUUGGGCUUGAGAAGACAAAUACUUGGCUAAACGAAGAUGAAAUCAUGGAAAAGGCACCAUUCUUCACGCCGGAACAAGUCAAGGGGUGGCAAGGCUUGUUCUGCAGCGAUGGAGGCUGGCUUGCUGCAGCCAAGGCCAUCAAUGCUAUAGGUCAUUUUCUUAAAGACCAAAGGGUCAAUUUCGGAUUUGGCGGUGCUGGAACCUUCAAGCAGCCUUUGUUCGCAGAUGAAACGACAUGCAUUGGCGUUGAAACCAUCGACGGAACUAAAUACUACGCCGACAAGGUUGUUCUCGCUGCUGGUGCAUGGAGCUCGACAUUGGUGGAUCUAGAAGAUCAGUGUGUUUCCAAGGCAUGGGUCUACGCCCACAUCCAGCUCACACCCGAGGAAGCAGCCCAACAUAAGAACGCACCUGUAGUAUAUGAUGGGGAAUAUGGAUUCUUCUUCGAGCCCAACGAGUAUGGAGUGAUCAAAGUCUGCGAUGAGUUCCCCGGCUUCUCUCGCUUCAAGCAACACCAGCCCUACGGUGCUACUUCUCCCAAGAAGAUCUCCGUUCCUCGAUCACACGCCAAGCAUCCUACAGAUACAUACCCCGACGCAUCUGAGGAGACCAUUCGAAAAGCGAUCGCCAGGUUCUUGCCCCAGUUCAAGGAUAAAGAGCUUUUCAAUCGGGCUAUGUGCUGGUGCACGGAUACUGCCGAUGCUAAUCUUUUGAUUUGUGAACAUCCCAAGUGGAAGAACUUUAUCUUGGCUACGGGUGACAGUGGCCAUUCCUUCAAGGUAUUGCCAAAUAUUGGGAAGCAUGUUGUGGAGUUGAUUGAAGGAUCUUUAUCGGAGGAAAUGACUUAUGCUUGGAGAUGGAGACCCGGUGGUGAUGCGCUUAAGUCCAUACGUGGUGCACCUGCAAAGGAUCUUGCUGAUAUGCCGGGAUGGAAACAUGAUGCUAGAAUCUGA